AUGGCAGCUGCUAGUACCACACAAUACUAUCUAUCUCAAUUCGAUACCAACACAGAUCCUUUGUUCAAUAAACCGUCUUGCUCAGACACUACAUCAGCAUUCAUGAAUAACAGCACACCUAUCAUGUCUAUCUCACCUCAACAAAUAAAAUCCGAGGACAAUAAUCGUCCUUUCUGUCAAUCACCCUUAUAUCAGUUGAACAGUAACCAUGUCAGUACUACUCUUCAAAAUAAUAGAUCAGAAACAUGCAGCACACAUCCAUUAGAUUAUGAUCAAGGCCUUCACAUUCGAGUCGAUGGUAUUCCUAGCCAUGGCGCUAAAUCGCGUGUUGAAACACAAAUCAAGCUAACCAUCUCACUUACCACCAAGGACGGUGCCAAAGUACCCUAUUGGUCCUAUGUCCGUAUUCCAGAAAAGAUGUUGGCUCGCUCUAAACUAAGAAAGUCUCAGCAACAAAAGCUAUUAGAUGGUAGUGCUGCUGCUAUGGUCUCUGAUGAAUCCAAGGUGUUGGCUUUAGAAGCAAGAGUGGUCUGUGAAAGCGAUGAAAACAAAAAAAUCAAAAUGUGUCAAGGCUGUGUUCGCAGAGAACGCAAACGUGCCGAAAGAAAGAAAGACGCCAAGUUGAAUGCUGCCCAUCUUGGUUUGAGUGCUGCUGGUGUUGCCGAUGAAGCCUUUGAACGUGAUCGCAAACGUAUCUUGUUAUUCAAUACAGAACCCUUGGUCAACUUUAGUACAGGUGAUGCUGUCCUUCCUACGCGUAUUACUUGUUAUUGUCGCCACCAUAAUGAGCGCAUCGGUUUUCGUGUCCGCUUUGUCAUGAAGAAUGAUAAAGGCAACGUCGUCGCCACGGGUGAAUCUCCUCCUAUCAUGAUUACCGAUGACCAUAAAAGUUCAAAACAACCUACAGCCCGUACUUGCAUGACGCCAACAGCAUCAAGAAAGAGACGCAGAACGGCCCAUGUCUCAUCCACCGAGGCUGAGGAUGAAUCCUCCAGUGGCCUUACCGCAUCCACGACCCCACCAUCACCCAUCACCAGCACAGCAGCUGCAGCCGCCGCCGCUUCUCAGGUGGCCUUUGACGCAUUGACCACCCCUCCUUCUGUUUCAUCUGCAAGUCAAAGUAGUCGUAUUCUCUACGGAAGCGAUUCCGAAGAGUUGGCACAGCUUCCUCCUCAUCAAGCUUCCCCUUCUUUCACAACGACAACGACCCUUCCUUCAGCCUCCACCUCCCCUGCCAGCUAUCACAAUUUAGCCACACCUUCCGUUCUCGGCCACUUUUCACUUACCCCUUUGAACGAAGAGGAUGCCCUUUUGAAUACGCCGCACGCAAGUUUAUCUCCUCGUACACCUACCACAGCCGCUAGCUGGCAAUCCAUGAUGUUGGCAAGUCAAACCAGUCCUUACCACCAUAGCACCACAGACAGUAGCAGCAAUAGCAGCAUUUAUUCUGUCACACCUACUACUUCCACCACGCCUACCUCUUCUGCUGAUGUUGCUGCUGCUGCUGCUGAUGCUGCUGCUGCUGCUGCUGCUAUGGCCAUGACAUCGGGUCUUAUGUCUACCAGCUUAAACCCUUUCAUCUCGCAACCACCUGUCGUCUUGCAAGGACAUGGAUUUUUCGACGACGGCGACCUUUUGCUACAACCACCGCGUCAAAAGUUCCGUCGUUUAAAUGAACACACGAUGCCAGCCGAUACGUGUUCUCCCUCUUUACUUACCGUCCAACCUGAUGUAUACCAACCACAACCACCGCAACCGUCAUUCGCCUUACCACCCAGCUAUUAUUCACUUCCAACCACACCUUACGAUAGGACGGUCUCUUCUCAACCAGCACCCGCACCCGCACCCUCUCUUUCUCCCUUCUCUCCCUUUACAUUACCCUCACAAUUGAACACGACCACGCCUCCGCUUCCAUCCACAUCCACCAUUCCUACUCUGGAUCGCAUUGUACCUUCUCAUGGUCCUUCUUCCGGUGGUAUUGAAAUCACGCUCCUGGGUGAGAACUUUCAUCCUGGGUUAACGCUGAUGUUUGGUAAUCGUCCAGCCACGACCCUUUGUGUCAAUGCGACCUCCAUGGUCGUGUUGUUGCCUCCUGCUGACGUUCAGCAACAACAAGGCUCCGUGAUGGUUUCUUUCAAGGACCAUCCUUUAAUGAGAGCAAGUCCUUUACCCCCUGUCUUUCAUUAUUAUUUUGACGAUACCGCCUCUCGUACAACGGCCACUUUCCCUGCUGCUGCUGCUGCUGCUGUUGAUACUCAUCCAGCCCAACAACAGACUACAAUGACACCUUACUCUUCACAGUUGAAUACUCCUACCACUCAUAUUCAUCCUCCUCCUACAAGUUGUUUCCCUGCUCCUACUACCACAGCAUCAGCAACACAGGAGGAUCCAACAGACAUGUCAUUUAUUUAUCUUUCUUAA